GAGUUACACUUUAUUACUCCGCAACGCAGCUGACUGACCACGUGACAAUGCGGAAGUGAGAGCAGCAGCAACAACAGCAUGAGCAGGUCUGUUUGAGCCGCGGUCCUGCGAGAAUGGUUCGAAGUUUUGCCGUAUGUGUCUUUGUCUUUGGGUGUGUGAGCAGAGUGUUGUGCAGUCAGGGUUCAUGCGGGGCUCAGCCGGAAGCCGCUGCCCCGCAGGGAGCACCGGGCUGCGGGUGCGACAGCCUGAAGAGAGCCGUUGCCUUGGAGCCCGCGGAGGACAGGACGGCUCCUGCAGAGCCUGCUGACAAGUACUCGAGAAGGGCGAAUGAGAGGCUGUCUGAAGCUCAGGGGGAUGAGGAGGAAGUGCAAAGUCAGAUGGUGCUGAUUUCUGGAGGAGAGUUCCUGAUGGGAACAGAUGACCCGGGCAUCCCCGCAGAUGGCGAGGGCCCUCAGAGGCCGGUGUACGUGGACUCCUUCUACAUGGACGUCCAGGAAGUCACAAAUCAACAGUUCCAGAGCUUCGUCCGUGCCUCAGGAUACGUCACUGAGGCAGAGAAAUUCGGAGACUCAUUUGUGUUCGAGGGACUUUUGAGCGAGAGUGUCAAAAACGAAAUCACCCAAGCCGUUGCUGCUGCCCCCUGGUGGCUCCCGGUCAAAGGGGCCAACUGGAGGCAGCCUGAUGGUCCUGACUCCAACAUCACUGACAGACUGGACCAUCCUGUUCUUCAUGUGUCCUGGGCGGAUGCCGUCGCAUACUGCUCCUGGUUUAACAAAAGACUUCCUACAGAGGCAGAAUGGGAGUACGCCUGUAGGGGCGGCCUUAAAGACAGGCUUUACCCCUGGGGAAACAAGUUGAACCCAAAAGGACAACACUACGCCAACCUCUGGCAGGGAGAUUUCCCCAACAGUAACUCUGGAGAGGACGGAUACAUCAAAACGUCUCCGGUGAUGUCCUUCCCUGCCAAUGGAUUCGGUCUGUAUGACAUGGUUGGGAACGCAUGGGAAUGGACCUCAGACUGGUGGACGGUGCAUCACACCACAGAAAAACAACAGAACCCAACAGGCCCUCCAUCAGGGACAGACAAGGUGAAGAAGGGAGGGUCGUACAUGUGCCACAAGUCUUAUUGUUACAGAUAUCGAUGUGCAGCCAGAAGCCAGAACACUCCAGACAGCUCAGCCUCUAAUCUGGGUUUUCGCUGCGCCUCUCAGGAGCGACGGUGAUCCGACCUGCUUGUCUUAAACACAGAGUUCCUUCUUCCAGUUGCUCCAGUGUUGGUUAACUGAUAAAGGGAAUUUGAUGGAGGCUUUUUUAUCUGCCAUCUUGUUAACCAGUGUACAUCCGAAGACAAAGAAGACCUCAAUCAGUUUGGAGUUGAGAAUGUGUUAUAUUCCUGCAGAUAUCUCAGAAAUGUCAAUUUUUGUAUGAUAUUUUUGUCAACCUUUUUUCAUGAGAAACUAAUAGAGAAGUCAAUUGUGGAGAGUACUAUAAGUCAAGUCAUUGUUUCUGCUGGUUUGAUGAAACUUUCAUCAGUCACGAUGAUUUGACAAAGAUCAGUGUGGUCUUGUAAACUGAACACAGGUUGUCAAACAGCUGGCUGAGACAGAUACACUGUGAGAUUAUUGUAAUGUACUGUAAUAUAAUUUUUAAAUACAAUGAUAGAUCUGUGAGAAAUUGGAUCCUAAACAAUCUUCUUUGUUUUCUGUCUCUUUCAGUUUUUCAAUUUGCCUUAAUAAAAAAACUAAGAAAAUUUUAA